AUGUCGCUCUCGGUGUCGCUCGCCGCUUCGACUAUGACUGAAACGGACCGGCUGGCCGACCGCGUGGAUGAAUGGGCUCUGGCAGCCGGUCAGCCGGUCAGCCGCGCUCCUCACGCGGCAGGUGCGCAGUCGCCCACGCAGCCACCGGCUGUCUCGUCCAAUGCGCGUGCCAGCCUCGAUAGUGCCCGGGCUGGCCGGCGCGCUCGCCAACUCUCCACUACGAGCCACGGGGCCUGCCAGCUUCACUGGCACGAGCUGCGAUCUCGUCUACCCUCAAAAGGCCAGCAAUGCGCCAGCCGACUGCGGUCAGUGGCGUGA